CGGCGAGUACACACACACACACACACACACACACACACACAGCCGCCCUGACUUAGCCUAAGCCUCAGUCUGGAGAGAAGCAUCUUCUCUCGGCUCCUGAAGCUGCUUUCUGUUGCUUCCCCGCCCAUCCGUGCUGUCAGCAGCACCAGCAAAGUUGACCUCGAACUUGAACGGAACCGAAGUCUCCAGCUCCCAGGAGCUCUGCUGGGCAGCAGGCGGGACCCAGACUCCGAACUCUGUCGGCCCGGAGAAGCCCACCCUCCCAAUCUACAGCCGGCCUUUGCUCCCUGGGGACACUUCUGCCUCUGACCCGUGGGCCCCCAGGCUGGGCUGAAGAAUGGUGCGCUGAGGUCCCUCUGGAACCCCCUAAUCACAGCCUGGACCCGAAGCAGCCCAAGGCCCAAGCUGACAUGGCCAACCCCGUGCAGCCUCAGUUUCCCCCGGCGCAGGAGCCUGGCACCACCUCACCCCCAGACCUGCCUGAGAUGGAGAUGCUUCUCACCAAGGUGGGGGACCAGGAUGACAAGCCCCCGAAGCUGUCCAAGUCCCUGUCAGGGGCUCUGGACCUGGAGCAGAAUGGCCAUGGCCUGCCCUUCAAGGCAGCGUCCAGGGGGCACCAGGAGGCUUCACUCCCCCGGUCGCCCUCUCGCACCAGCUCCAGACGAGCGUCCUCUGUUGCCACCACCUCCUAUGCCCAGGACCAAGAAGUCCCCAGAGAUUACCUCAUCCUGGCCAUCGCCUCCUGCUUCUGCCCCGUCUGGCCCCUCAACCUCAUCCCCCUCAUCUUUUCUAUCAUGUCUCGAGGCAGCGUGCAACAGGGGGACCUGGACGGGGCCCGGAGGCUGGGCCGCCUUGCCCGGAUGCUCAGCAUCAGCUUCAUCAUCAUAGGGAUCGUCAUCAUCAUUGUGGCCGUGACCGUCAACAUUGCAGUUCAGAAGAAAUAGAAGGAACCCGACCUCUGCACAAGCAGAGCACACCAGCUGCAGCGCUCCCAACCCACGCCUCACACACCACGGAGGACAGGAUGUGACUGACUGCCAAGGGCCCACCUGUCCCCAAGUUCCAAAAGCACAAACUCAGAGGGAAAUUCCCAAGUCACUCCAUCUCAGUCCACAUCAGAUGGGAAAAGCCAGAGGAAGGAAGGAAGCUGAAUUUACUGUGAAACUGACCAGAAAUGUGUCUGAUCUCAUGGACGCAGCCCCCCGUUCUGCCCCCAGUGUUCUGGCUUUUCCGCACCCCCACAAUUUCCCGGUAUCUCCUGAGCAGCACAUACUGCCGGACAGAAGAAAUCAGCCCCACGAGCAGGUGAACUGCGGUGGGGAGCGGGCAGCACACUCCCUGCACUACCAGGAGCAAAGACGUGGGACUUUAUCUUUGUAUUUUUCUUGAGGAGGGAUAAGAAGGACUGUUUGCAUGCCUUGUGCCACACGCCUGCUGCGAUCCCAGCUGCUGCCCUCACCUCAGAGGCCCAGAGCCCCGAGCUGACACUUGGCGCGUGCCUGGGACCUCCGGCUGCCCUAGAAGGAGGUGACGGCCACACCUAUGUCCCCCACGGCAGGGUGGAGGCGCCCAGAGGAAUGUUGGCGAAGAGUGGAACAGGGACAGACACCCACGGACCACUUCCCGAACCUUUCAGCCUCGGAAGCGUCUCUGCCGAGAACUACGACGUCCUGGGGAGUCUCCCAGGAUGACCCAGUCCGCCUUUUGCCCCCUACCCGUGCUGUAGUCUGGAGCACAUACCGAGAACUCCUAGGGCCCUAACCUGCCCUCCCCUCCUCUCAGCCAGCAAGGAGGUCCUGAGGUCUCCCCUGGCGUGGUCUGGGGUACAAACUUGGGGCCCCAUGCAGAGUGGCUCAGAUGGAGCACAGGCUCCGGCUCCCCGAUGCUCUGAGCCUCGCCCUGCGCUCCCGGCCGUCCUGUCCGCAAACAGCAGGGGUUUUCCCUGGAGGAGGCUUUGGGAACGGCCCUGGGAUGCUUCCCAUGGGCUCCCAGGCCAUUGGCAGUGUUUAUGCUCCUGUAGGGAAGCGGACCAGAGGGGUUUUAUGAAAGUUUGUUUCUUGGUCUAGAGAAUUCCAAGACUGAGGGAAGAGCUUGGCUGAAGGGUCCAGUGUGUGGGAGAGGGAAGGGCCCCAGGUUUGGGAAUAUACCCACCUGCCGGAGGCAGGGCUGGACACCGCGGCUUCUGUCUAAGGACCGAAUGGGAUGCCUGAAAGGACUGAGCAGGGCCCUGGGCCUCCCGACUGGCUUCUGGCCCUGGAUUCUGCUCCAGCUUCUCUCUGGCACAGGCUCUGUCCACAGGGCCUCCCCUGUGCCCACGUUCCCCAUUGGCUUCGGCUCCCAGACUCUCGCAGGCGGGUGCUCCUGGCUUCCCCACCCUGGGAGGCCCUGCCUAGCAGCUGAGGUUACUGUGCGCUCAGCAGCAGGGCAGCUUCCCAGCCCCAGCCAGACUGGCCCCAGAUUGGCCAAGCAUGUUUCCCCUUGGGGUCCAUACUAGUCUCUCCCACCCUCUACAUAGGCCCCUGGGAGGGUGUCUGUUAGCACCGAGCCUCUGUCUGCCAGGAGCUCCGCGUCCUCAGUGCAGUCCAAGCCUCAGGGACCACAAGGAGGGGACGGGAGCAGAGGGAUCGCUCUGGGGUAAGCUCUCCUGAGUCAGUCCCCGAGCAGGGAAUAAACGCCAGCCUCCACACACCCAAAAGGAGGGGCUGGUUGGAUUUGCUUCAUGGAAACUUUGAGGCCAAAGUAAAGAUGCCCUGUUUGUUGGGGGAGUCUGGGGGUGACCCCAGAGUAUUUGUGUCACUUGCAAGGUCAGUCAGGUCAGGCCAGGGGAGAUGGGAGGUCAUAGGCCUCAGCUUUGGAAGGAGGGGUCAGCAGUUGCAGGUCUUCCAGCUGGCCCCAGGGGUCCUCAGCUUCAGUAUUUGAGGGAGAAGAAAGGCACCAGGGCACACGAUGGCAGAGGCGGGGCUCUGUCUGCAGCGUGGGCGUGUGCGUGUGCCCAGCACGCGCCCAGACCCGCCCCGCCCCCUCAGUUCCGUGCAGACACCGCUUCUCACACACUCCCACGUACUCGCACACUUGUUCACAUGCAAAACGCCGCUCAGGUGAGAACAGCCUCAGGAACAGGCAGAGCUGAGACAUUAUUCCAUUCAGACAAGAACAACUCGAGAGUCUUCUUGUCAUCCAAGGGGUUUCCAAGGGGUUUCCAAGGUAUAUGGAAGGAGUGGAAGCCCCCAAAGACCAGCUCCUCCAUCAGAGAGGAGUACGGGGCCUGAGAGGUAAGACAGGGAGGGAGGGUCCCCAGUGAGCCCACCCCAAAGGUGGCCUGGCACCCCCAGGCCUCGUCAAAGCUGGAAGGAUCAGUGGCCCUGCUGCCCCAGCCUCGUUGUGGGCCCGGCCGCUGGCUGCACGAACACAGUGGCCUCCUGGUGUGGCUGCGGGAGCUGACCCGGCCUCUCCCGGGUCCCCUAGGGAGCAGCGGAACUGCCCCUCCCCUCCGCCAGCGCCACACUCACCAGUCCGCUCCUCUGUAUUUCUCAGCAUGGAAAGAAAUAAAG